UUAUUCAUAUAAAAUAUUAUACUCUAAUUGUAUUGAGUAUUAUUUUAAUAUAUUAUUACAUUCUAUAAUCAACGGACGACUAAAUUGAGUUCCGCAAGUUUUAAGAUUUCGUCUCUUCAAUUGAUUGUUCAUUUGCCACUAUUAAUAAGCAAUAACUAAUUACUAUUGGUAGUGCAUAUUUCACUCACAUAUCACUGUGAUUAGUUAUUACUUUUGAAGUACAAACACAAUAAACGUGAUCCGGCUUAUAAGUUAUAAACCUAAUAAUGGAGUCAUUAAUUUUGGAAGAUUUAAAGAAUUUGGGAAAAUCCAUGUCUAUCAAAGAAUUUAAAAAAUCAAUUAAUGGUGGACCAAAAUCUAUCAAGUACACUCAAUUAGUUGAAUGGAUAACAAAGGAAAUCCAGAUACUAUUGGGACUAGAAGAACAUGUAAAUUCUAUAACCUCUGAAGCAGACUCUAGUUCAUUUUUAUUGGAAGUUAGUAGUUUUUUAAAAGAAUCUGGUUGUUCUUAUAACACUCUUAUUACUGGGAACUUUGAAGAUCGUUUAAAUUCAGAUGAAAACAAGUUACUUUUAUUAGAUUACUUGAUUGGUGAGUUAAGAGCAUCUCGAAUAAUAAAUGCUAACACUACUAAUACCAAAAGUAAUAUGCAAGUGACAUUAAUUGAAAGCAAUACAUCUAAAAGUGUUAAAGAGAUUUUAAUGACUUUAAAAUUUCCUAAGCCACCACAAAAUAUUAACACUUCUUCUUUAUUCAACAAAGUUAAUACAAAAUUGCAAGAUCUUCUAAAAACUGUUCCAUCUGCAUUAAUUGGAAAGUCGUUAGUUUGUAGCUCGUAUACUAGUGAACAAUGGAAAUACAUUAAUAAUAGUAUUGAACUUCUUAAUGAAGAAUUUAACAUAAGAAGUAAAAUGUUGUUAACAAGACUUGAUGUAACAGUACAAUCAUUUAAAUGGCCUGAUAGACUAAAAAAUAAAAAACAAAAAUUAGAAGAAAUUUACCAAAAUAAACUAAAUGUAAUAAACAAAUUACCAAAUUUUUGUACAUCUGAUUUUCUAUCAGCUAGAGAUGAUUUAGCAUUUAUUGAAAAAACGUCUAGUACAUUAGCUAUUCAAAAUACAAAUUCAUCAGUUAAUAAGGUUAUGAUUGGUCAAGUACCUGAUAGAGGUGGAAGGCCAAAUGAGCAACAAGCACCACCCCCUGAGAUGCCUAGUUGGCAGCAAAGAACACAAUCACAAGGAGGUAGAGGUAGCCAAUCAAAUAGAGGUAGUCAGUCAAAUAGAGGUGUACAGUUCAAUAGUAGAGGUGGUCAAGGUGGAAACCCACAAAAUAGAGACAACCAAUCAUAUAGAAAAUCUGACGUUGGUAGUUUUCAAGGUGGAUCUAAUGUUUACCAGAUGACUGAUGGAUUUCAAUCAAUCAGUGUCGGCAAUGAAAGCAGAAAUUUUCAUCAAAAUAAUAGACAAGGGCGAGUGCAAGGUGGCUGGAACAAUUAUCAGCCCAGGGAUUUCCAUGGCAAUCAUGAAGGCCAGAAUAGAGCRUAUGAUAAUUACAGUCAAGGGACCAAUCAAAAUAAAGGAUAUGAUAAUAAUAGAUUCCAAGGUACAUCGAAUGAAAGACAAUGGGGCCAAAAUUCUCAGAAUUAUUAUGGAAAUAACCAAAAUCAGUAUGAUGGAAAUAAUAGAGAGUAUAAUAGAUAUGAUUCUGCAGAUUCAAAUAGACGUGGUUACUCCAAAAGAGGUAGAGGUCAUAAUGGGCAAACAUAUUACAAUCAACAGAGAAAUAACUGAACUAAUUGAUUAUUAUCAUAACAUAAUUUAUUUCUAAGUAAUUUUUAAUAAUAUAAUAUAACUGUAAAUAUUUUAUAAUCAUAAAGUUACUUAAUUGUUUAUGAACUAAACUAUUAAUUUAAAGUAUACUACAAUUUGAUAUAUUCAUAAAAAGAAAUCAAAAAUCAAAAGUUUAAUUUCCUUAGAUUUUUUCUUGAUGUAUGUUUACUCUUUAGUCCUACUG